AUGGCGAAAAACCGACAGGACCCGUUCCACUACCACGAAUGUCAGCUGCCCGGGGAAGUGCGGGGGGCGCUGCAGGACCUGGAGUUACUGGAGCCCGCGGCGGACGGUACGGCUCCCACCGAGCUGCCCGACGUGCGACGCGUCCUCCGCACCAUCGACGAGUUCGCACGCGUCCCCGGGGCCUUUCUAAGCAUUGCAAAUAAACUGUCGCACUACUAUCACUAUGUAUAAGUUAUCGCAUGACAAAUUUUUCCAACAGGAAGAAUGUAAUCUGUCACGCAGCUUCAGGUAAAAAACUAGUCUAGAUCAUCGGUAAUGCAAGAAGACUAGCACCAUUUGAUAUGAGUGCGAUAAUUUUGCACAGGAUGCUUCCAAUUUUGGGACCAUUUCACUGCGGGGGAUCAGGUCCGGAUAUACUUGAACGACAAAACCAGACCGAAUUGCCUUGGCUAUUUCCGUGGCAUCCUCGACUACGUUUUCAGUCGAGACAAGGACGGCAAGAAGCGAAAAUAUUGGCAAGUCAAAGUGCCCGGCUGCAGCAGCCUCAAGACGGCAGGGAAAAAAUCAUCUUCCAGCAGUAGUUCUGCUGUCGAAGUGGGCGAAACCGAAACCACGAAGAAGCAGGAACUGCAGGUCCAACAAGAACACCAGACUGCUGUUGCUGGAGCAGAGAACAAGGCGGCAGCUACGCCCCCUGCAAUCGAGGCCGCGGCUAACAUCCGGCAGAAAGACCUGG